GAGCUGUGGCUCCGAUUUUGGUGCCAUAGAUCGUUUUGAUAAAUCCAGCAAAGUUUGCUGAUAAAAGUUAGCAAGUGGCCAGUAUAUUUUUAUUUCACUUUGUUUAGAAGAUAUUCCAUAAAUAGUAUACGAACCAAUGGAAUACGUUACUCACCUUCAAAAAGAAGAUCCUUCUGUGGCCACCACAUCGGUACAUGGCCUUAGCUAUACAUAUCCAGUUCAAUACUAUGAUUUUCAUAUUUAUUAUUAUGCUCAUAAUAAGAAAUCAUUAGAAGAAUCAGAUGCUUUAAGAGCUAAACUUCUUGCUGAUUUUCCUGAAGAUUCUGCUAAUGGAUCAAUACUCGUUAAGAAAUUACCAACUGAUAAAAUCAUUGGGCCUCAUCCAACUCAAUUCUGGGAAGCAGAUGUUAGACGUCCAGAAGUAUUUAUUAAAGUACUUAGUUGGUUUCAAUUAUAUCAUGGAAAUUUAUCAGUAUUAAUUCAUCCACAAACUGGUGAUGAUCUUGAAGAUCAUACUAAUAGAGCAUUAUGGUUAGGUGAAAAAGUUACAUUAUUAACUGAUGUUUUCCCCCCUAGUGAUGGUGGUAUACCAGAAUUUGGAGUUAAAGGAGGACUUAGAAUUAAGCCAGAAGAUUUCGAUGCUCAUAAAACAGUUAUUAAUUAAUAAUUAUAUUAUUUAGAACAAUUACAAGUUUAUUAUA